CCAAUAAAUUUGACUCAAGUUUUCUUCUUGUCAUUUAAAGACAGCCGCUGCUGCUUACCUCAACAGGAUUUCUACAGAGAUAAAAAAAAAAAAAAGACAAAAACCAACCAUGUCUGAGGGACAGAAGAAAUCAAAGAUCACUGCAUCUCACAGACUAGCGCUCAAGACCAAGAUGCUGAAAAUGGCAGCUGUGAUGCUGGAGAAGGAGAAGGAGGAUAAGAAGCUGGAGAGAAAAGCUACUUUGAGUGAGAGAGUCCCUCCACUUCAGCUUUCUGGUUUGUCCAUUCAGGACCUUCAGGCUCUGUGCAAAGAACUGCACCACAAGAUCGAUGUGGUAGAUGAAGACCGUUACGACAUUAAUGUCAAAGUGGAAAAAAAUAACAAGGAGAUUGAAAAUCUUUCUCUGAAGAUCUUUGAGCUGAAGGGUAAAAUGAAACGACCCGCUCUCAAGAGGGUGAAGAUCUCAGCUGACGCCAUGCUGGGAGCUCUCCUGGGCUGUAAGGUCAAAGAGUCUGUGGACUUCAAGGCCAACCUCAAGACCGUGAAGAAGGAGGAGGAGAAGAAGGAGGAGGUGACUGACUGGCGUAAGAACGUGGAGGCCAUGUCUGGUAUGGAGGGCAGGAAGAAGCUGUUUAAUGCUGGACAGUAGAUUUAAUAUUUAUGGACAUUGAAAUAAAUAUGAAUGCUGUUUUCCAGUGAGCAGCAAUAGAGAGGUAGAAGUUAAUGUCACUGCUCACAAUAGUAGCUUGACAGUGUAUGUGUGAGUAUCUAAACUUCAACUUUUGCAAUAUGCAAAAAUAUUAACAUUCAAUAAGGGAAUUGUAAUUCAAAUAUUUUGCACUCAGACUUGGAAAACAUUGAAUUUGUCUUUUCAUAACAGAGAAGCAUAUAGUGAUAUUUGCUG